AUGAUGGGAGACUUUAGAAAAUGGAGUUCUUUGAUGAGGUUGGAAAUGGACUUUAUUUGGAUAGAUGUUGAUGAGUAUGAGAAACACAUUACUUUGGAUCUUGAAGAAUCCAUGGUACCCAACUUCAGUUCAUUGUUAAGGAAGGAAUGUAACAAUGGUAACCUGAAAAAUGCAUUGAUUUUGGUGGAAGAAAUGCUUUGCUGGGGACAAGAAUUGCCAUUGCCUGAAUCCUUGAACUUAGUGAGACAACUUUGUUCAUCUAGGUCACAAACCAAGUCAGUGACCAAGCUGUUGGAGACAAUGCCAAAGUCUGCCCAUAAACUUGACCCGGAAACUCUCAAUUUGGUUGUACAGGGCCAUUGCCAAGCUAAUGACUUGAGAAACGUGGGGGAGCUACUUGGCGUUGCAAUAAGAAAGGGUUGGGUGCUAACCCUCACAAGUUACAGGAAUUUAGUGCGAUUGCAUGGAAGACUUGACAAGGCAGUUCAUCUUAUGAACACAAUGCUGAAGAAACAUAAUAUUUCAAUUUCCACCAGUUAUGAUUUUCUCAUUCAUGGGUUCUGUGCACAAAAUAAACUGGACAUAGCUUUGAAUUUUUAUUCCGAGACGUUGAAUUGGAAUCUCAAACCAAUAAUUGACACAGUGGAAAUGCUUGUCCAUAGAUUCUGCCACGAUGGGAAGACAGAACUAGCAGAACAAUACCUAGUGGACAUGACUCAUGCAGGUGAAACUCUAAUCAGAAAAAUGUAUUGCACUGUAAUUAAGAGUUAUGACAUGGAAAAUAAUCUUAGGAAGGCAUCAGAGCUCAUGCAAGCCAUGCAGGAAAGUGGCUAUUAG